AUGAUGAGUGAACGAGUGUUCGGCGACAUAUUAGCAGCCAAAUUAAGAGGGUGUUAUGAAAAGGCUGUACAUGUAUUUCGGACUAUUCAUCAAAUGGAUCACUUCUCAGUUGAUGUUGAACAAUGUCCACGAUGUGGUCGUACAAAGGAAGGCAUGCGGGUGAAGAUUAAUGCUGCACCAUGCAGAAAACAAAUUGGAUGUGAUCGGUGCCAUCGUCAAGGUUGUGAAUUAGAAGAAAAGGCUGGAGAAGACCUUCAGGCUUUCUAUCAGUGCCCGCAUGCCCUUCUGCCGCUCAACGAUACUACUGAUGAGUGCUAUUGUCAAAGUCGUAUGCUUGCUGUACAUUUAGGCUCUGCUUAUCCUCCCAAAAGGCCAGAAGACAUGAAGGAUCUCAAACCUCAACGUAGUUCACCUUCAAGGAAGAAGAAAUAG